GAGCACUGUGUUGGGUGUUUAAGUUGUGCUAGGAACUUUGGGAAAAUAUAUAUAUGCAUACAUAAGUAUAUAUAACGUUGUUGGGUGAUUUCUUGUUUUCCAAGCAUUAAGCUGCGUUCAACUCAUCCAUAGAGUUUAGUAUCGCCGGUGAUCGGUGUUGGACGUAGACGUGUUCAAGUGCUCGACACGCGUUAGCUAAAGCACUCGUUUCAUAAUUUAAUUAAUUGCAGUUUGCUAUUUAUGUUUAUAAUUGUGUUGUAAAAUGUUGCAUUUAACUAACUCAGAUGCGUUUAUUGCAUUGCUUGUGUUGUUGUACACUGCUGUGCCCAACAUUUCCGCCAUUAGGUAUGGCCGUUGCGAUUCCCAGUUCGAAGGCAACGGCACCUGUGUGCAGCUCUCCGAGUGCCAAUUUAUUCUGGACAUUAUUAGUGUACCUUCAAUUCCUCCCGAAAUGUUGAAGAAAGUGCAAGAUAGUCAGUGUGGCUCUGAUAAUACUUUCAAAGGUGCGGAUAGAUAUCUGGUUUGUUGUCCAGACAAAUAUUUGAAAGAGUCCAAUGCGCGAAUUGAGAGACAACAGAGAGAUGGAAAUGUGUUGCCCUCUGCCGGUGAAUGCGGAAAUAAGGUUUCAAACUUUAUUUACGGUGGUAAUGAGACCGGUAUUUUAGAUUAUCCAUGGAUGGCAUUACUACGCUAUAGAUCACGAACUAAUGAGCUCGAAUUUCUCUGUGGUGGCAGUUUGCUAAACACCCGUUAUGUGCUAACGGCCGCACAUUGCACGGUACGAAGCCAGCAACGGGUGCUGCACAGCGUCCGUUUGGGUGAAUGGGAUAUCAGGACCAAUCCUGAUUGUGAGGUUGACAUUAAUGGUGUGAAGUCUUGCGCACCGGAAUUCAUUGAGUUGGGCAUAGAAAAGAUAAUAUCACACCCGCGAUAUGUAAGCGGCUCAAACGAUCAAUUCUUCGAUAUAGCUUUAUUGCGUCUGGAGAAGAGUGUGGCAUACACCAAUUUUAUACGACCAAUUUGCUUACCGGGAUCUACCGAAUUGUGUGGCAGCAUGUUCGUGAACUCCACUAUGGAAGUGGCGGGUUGGGGAGCCACCAAUAAACCGAAAGCCGCCUCAUCGCCAGUCAAAAUGGCUAUUUCCGUGGGUAUCUGGGAGACGGACAAGUGUCAAAACAUUUAUAAAACAUCGAAUCGCAUUAUCGAUGGUACGCACCAUUUGUGCGCUGGCGGCGUGACUGGCAUCGAUGCGUGUCGUGGCGACUCCGGUGGACCAUUAAUGUUGCAAGAGUUAAUAAAUCAUCGAUAUAUUUAUUUUGUGACGGGCGUUAUCUCCUUUGGUCCGAAACCUUGUGGUUAUAACGGUUGGCCGGGUGUUUACGCCCGUGUGGGUAAUUACGUAGAAUGGAUAAGAGAUAGCCUGGAACCUUCGAUGAUGUUAAGGGCAAACGAAUUAUUGUUUUUUUGUUACUUCGCUGCUGUCUACAUACUGGCCGUAAAUACUGUGUUCGUGAGUUAUGGCGUUUGCACGACGCCCCACAAUUUACGAGGUCACUGCGUACCGCUUUCGGACUGCCCAACUCUAUAUAAUUUAAUCACACAAGCCAAUGACAACAUUGAUAUUAAAAAUCAUUUACGUAAUAGCUUCUGCGGAACCGAUGUCAAUGUCACUUCGACAGCGGGCAAGACACGCGUCUGCUGCAGGGAUAAUCUAAAUCCGGAGAAUAAUGGGGAAUCUGGUAAAAUCUUGCCAGCAGAGGGCACUUGUGGCACCACUUUCAAUAUGCGCAUUUUUGGUGGCAUCGAAUCGCAGGUGGACGAGUUCCCUUGGUCGGUGCUGAUAAAGUAUCUAAGACCAUACAAUGCCACUGCACUAAACUGUGCUGGCGUGCUCAUCAACCAACGUUACGUUCUCAGCGCUGCGCACUGUCUUAGGAAUCCCAGCAUACCGACCACAUGGAAGCUCGACAGUGUACGUCUCGGUGAGUGGGAUAUCUCCAAUGAUCCAGAUUGUUUUAAAACAGCCGACGGUAAUGAACACUGUGCGGAUCCUUAUGUGGAGGUGAAGAUCGAACGAAUCACCAUACACGAUAAAUAUAUACCACACUCACAAUCGGAAUUCUAUGACAUCGCAUUGAUACGCAUGGCGGAGAAUGUUAAAUACUCGGGCACCAUACGGCCCAUAUGUUUGCCGCAGUCGCCCGAAUUACGGGCAAUGACAUUUUACAAUGAGUAUGCCGAUGUGGCUGGUUGGGGACGCACGGAGGUGAGUUCCUACAGCACUGUAAAACGGACCAUUUCACUGCUCAUUUGGGAUACGGACGCGUGUGCGAAGCGAUUCGCAACCAUAAACAUUCCGGUGAAUAAGUCGUUGCAAAUGUGCGCCGGUGGACAGGCUUUGCAGGACACGUGUCAGGGCGAUUCCGGUGCGCCGUUGACGAUGCGGAGUCGCGUGAUGAAUUCACCACAUUUUGUGGUGGGUAUUGUAUCGUUCGGCAUGCAGCCAUGUGGCAUGCAAUCUUGGCCCGGCAUCUAUACGCGUGUCACACACUACAUCGACUGGAUUCUGCACAAUCUGGAGGACUAACCGUUGUGUUUAGUUGGGGCUGAGCAUAUGUUUGCAUGUGUGUGUUUUGAAUGUGAUUACAAACAAUAUAUUAUUGUUUAACGAAAAUAUUGUAUUUAUUUUGCUUUAUCCAUAUUUAGUUAAAUAAAAUAAAUUAAAGUGUUUGCUUUAAAUUACUCGUGUAUAUAAUUAGUAUAGACUGGACUAUGCCUGUACAGCUUUUACAUUUGUAAACCGUUUCGUUUACUUUACUUACUUUACUUUACACAUUUAUUUCUUGGUUUUAUUGGUUUCACUGCUUCGUUUAAUUGUUAAUUAUUAUAAUGUUUCGCCAUUUUUAUUCAUAUUUAAUUGCGCUAAUAUGGGAAACAUUGUUGUUGUGGCAUAUUUAGUUUGUGAAAUACUGCUUGAUGGUCGUUCGUACACGUAAUUGAAUUUCAUUUACGAAUUUUCGUAGAAGGCAACAUUCUUUGGUAUAUUUUUCAUAUCUUAGCUUCAAUUCGCUUUCGCUGGAAUUUUUAUUUUUAAUUGAUAAUAUCUUCGAUUGAUAAUAUUUUAUACGAUCGAUUACAUCUGCUUUCGAUUUGCUCGUGCAACUGCAUUAGGUUUUUAAAACUGCAGUUGACUUCAAAAAUUAGAAUAAAUACAUAUUUUUCUAAAUAUUAACAUAUACAUAAUACAUAUUUAGGCUGAUAAAUUACGAAAACUAAUUUUAGUUACAGUUGCUUUUGAAUUAAACAAAUUCUUCUUAUAGUUAGCAAUUAAAGUGCUGAGAAGUGUGUUUUUAAAUAAACAAAUUGCUGUGACCAUUUGAGUUUCAUAAUAACCAUGGAACGGGCUUGGGAGUUAAUUCUUACAAGAGUCGCCCACUAUUUUGGCCAACAGCAAUGGCUAAAACAACAAUUCGAAGUAAACAAAUUUCGCACAACUUAUAAGUAAUGAAAAUCACAUUUUGCAUAAUUUAACAAUAACGGUAUACCAUA